UGCGUGUUGACGAGCUCUCCCUCCAACUAUUUGGCCCAUCUGCUACUGCGCUGGAGCCGUGCACGAAUCAGCGCGCAAUUAUGCCCUCCCCGUCGUCGAUCAGCCUCCUCCUACGACACACUUGACCGACCGACUGCACGCUCUCUCUCGCGACCUCGCCGUCCUUGUCUUGUGCACGUCGCCGACUCCCCCGCUGCCACUGCCCUCUCCCGCCCUCCCCUGUCGACCCAAACACCACUGCACGUCCUUGGCUUGCUCCUUGGCCAAGCCGAAGCUCACGUCGACAUCAGCGCGUCAAUUGUACACAUCGACGACGCCGCCCACCAUCACCGCUCCUUAGACCAACGCCCGCGCGCACCGACAUCACCCAUUCCCUCGAGUCACGUGUCGCUUCCGCUCCGCCGCCUCCAGACGACGACGCCUGACGAGCACCAGGAGGCCGUCCGCAGGGCCGGACCCUUUCCCUCUCUCCCUCCAGCAGCAUUGGCGAGCCGGUGAUCGUCGUCCCACUGGGCGCAACAGAUGAUGAAGGGCUUCAGACAGCGCGUGCAAGAACAGCUCUCGCGGGCGAAAGACCGAGAGGGCAACAAGCUCGCGAAGAAGGGCUCCAAAGACAAUACUUCUGGCACCCAGUCCCCUGCUGGCGGCCCUUCCAAUAGCCAGUCGCCCGCGGGCUCAGCUCAAGCGACGCCGACCUCCUCGACCAGCAACCUGGUGGACGGUCGAAACAAGCCGCAGUCCGAUGCGCCCACUCAGUCACACCCAGGCGCGCCAAUGCCAGGCCAGCCUGCAUCGAACGUAGCCUCCAACCAGGGCCAAUUCUCACAGCACGGCACUGCCAAUGCGAACCCCUCGAAUAGUGGACCGCAUCAGCAGGGCGGUCCAUCAACUCCGGGACGACUUGGCCAGCUUGCUCCUAGUGUGGUAAUAUCUCCAAGCGCUCCACACGUUCCUCCGCCAGGCGCCGCCGAAACGAUGCCGCACGACCUCGCCCCGCCCAAAGCUGGACAAAAGAGUCUUCUCUUCGAUAGAUUACAGGCCACGCCGAAAGACACAGUCCCAGAGGGAAUUAGGACACCCAAACGUCAGCAUUCCUCACGAUUCGACAUCUCAGACCAAAGGCAACGCGAGCUUGAGAAGCUACCUGGCUUCCACGAGGUCCCGCCAAAUCGCAGACAGGAACUGUUCAUGCAAAAGUUGGAUCAAUGUAACAUCAUCUUCGAUUUCAAUGAUGCCUCGGGCGACAUGAAAAGUAAAGAGAUCAAGCGGCUGGCGCUACACGAGCUCUUGGACUACGUCGCGCAGAAUCGCCAAGUCAUUUCGGAGCCCAUGUACCCGAGGGUCGUGGAAAUGUUUGCGAAGAACUUGUUCAGACCAAUUCCCCCGCCUAUGAACCCGCAAGGCGAAGCGUUCGACCCGGAAGAGGAUGAGCCAGUGCUCGAAGUCGCCUGGCCACACAUCCAGGUUGUCUACGAGUUCUUCUUGCGCUUCAUUGAGAGCCAGGACUUCAACACAAACUAUGCGAAGCAGUACAUCGAUCACAGCUUUGUGUUGCAACUCCUCGAGCUCUUUGAUUCAGAGGAUCCACGCGAGCGCGACUUCUUGAAGACCACGUUGCACAGGAUAUAUGGCAAAUUCCUCAACUUGCGCUCCUUCAUCAGACGCAGCAUCAACAACGUCUUCUUCCAGUUUAUUUACGAGACUGAGCGAUUUAAUGGAAUUGCCGAGCUCCUGGAGAUCUUGGGCUCGAUCAUCAAUGGCUUCGCUCUGCCACUGAAGGAAGAGCACAAGCUCUUCUUGACCAGGGUUUUGAUCCCUCUGCACAAAGUCAAAAGCUUAAGCAUGUAUCAUCCCCAGCUUGCUUACUGCAUCGUGCAAUUCUUGGAGAAGGAUGCCGCUCUCACCGAAGAGGUUGUGCUCGGUCUACUACGCUACUGGCCCAAGGUCAACAGCACGAAAGAGGUCAUGUUCUUGAACGAAGUGGAGGACAUCUUCGAGGUUAUGGACCCUGCCGAGUUUGCGAAAGUGCAGGAGCCCCUCUUUAACCAGCUCGCGAAGAGCGUUGCAAGCCCACACUUUCAGGUCGCUGAACGCGCUCUUUACUUCUGGAACAACGAAUAUUUCUGCAACCUUGUCAGCGACAAUGUGGAUGUCAUCCUUCCCAUUAUGUUCGCGCCCUUGUACGAGAAUUCCAAGGGCCACUGGAACCGUACAAUACACGGCAUGGUAUACAACGCAAUGAAGUUGUUCAUGGAAGUCAAUCCACAGCUUUUCGAUGAAUGCUCGCACGAAUACACAGAGCAGCAGAACAACGCGGAGGCUGUGAAGGCUAGCCGACAGGCCAAAUGGGAUCGUUUGACGCAACUUGCAGAGUCCAUGAAACAGAAUGGACAUGCCCCGGCGGUACGACCUCCCCAAGCGUAUGGCAAUCAGCAAAGUUCUACGCGCACCGAGGACGGAGAUCCGAUCUCAAUGGAGCGCUUGCGCUUACAGGACGACAGGAGAGCUGAGAGGCAUACCAACUCGGUACGUGGAUGAGAAGCUCGAGCGUGUGCCCGCCUUUGCCUCAUCCCUAGCAUAUUUACUGCACCGUUCUGUUGCUUUCUCCAUUUCCAUUCUGCGACCUUUCCCUUCACACCCUUUUUGCAUAGCGCUUGGCGUUUCACCACUGUGGCGCUCUUCGCAGCUCGACGGUUGUUCUGAUCGGGUUCGGCAUGUGUUUUAGAAGCGAGGUUUACACGGCAGCAAGAUUCACCGCUCGGCGAGCUCUUCGGCACCUUCCAAAGCCAGUGCCACAAGCAGUGGCAGAUCGAGAAGUAAUAGUGCAAAGGGUAGCGGGGCGACUUGACGACUAGGGCACACGGACAAGAAGAACCAGGAGGUGGUAUAUCAGGAGUUCUCAUCGGGUCGAGAUGGAAUGAAGCGUUCUUACUUCACGGCGUUUACGAGUUUGCAAAGAAGCCGCGGCAUAGUCUUUGAACACCCUAGACGAACAGAGAUUUCGUGGACUGCAG